AUGAUAGGGCUCGAAGCCUCAGCCGUGAUUGUUGUCGAGCGUUUGACGAAGAAUGUCACAGAGGAGCAUCUGCGCGAAAUCUUUGGGCAAUACGGCCCAAUUGACGACAUGGACGUGCCCCUGAGCCGGCAGUUCGGUACUAAUCGCGGAGCUGCGUAUAUUCUCUACGUCAACGAAGCCGAUGCCGAAGCUGCCAUCGCCCACAUGCACGAAGCCCAGCUCGAUGGCGCCACCAUUAGCGUGUCAAUAGUCCUACCGCGCCGCAAGUUCUCACCCCCGCCCCCUACUGCGACUCACGGCGCCAACUACGAUCCUCGACUCCCUCCUCCCGGACGCGGCGGUAGAGGCCCUCGAGGUGUUCCUGGAAUGGGUGAUCAAGGAGCCCCCAACCCUCCAAGGGUCGAAGAGGCCGAGGACGAUACGAGGAGGAAUACGACCGGCGUCGCAGCCCGAGUCGUGACAGCUAUGGAGGUGGCUAUCGCGGAGGCAGAAGUCGAUCGAGAGACCGCAGGACCUACCGCUGAACAGCCUGAUGCCGGGUUCACGGGACGUAUUACUCUCGUUUGA